GCUGAGUUUAGUGCUAGCUCUCACAACAGUGGGGAGAGCAUGUCUUCAUCCACAUCCAUCAAUGCGGAUCUCUAUGUAUUGGAGAGCGUUUGACUGGACCGGAUACCUUUGUUUUAAGCCGGGAGACAUCUUCAAGUUGCAGAGACUUCGCGAGUUAGUAAUAACUCCUUGCUAGACUUUUAGCAGGUAAAUUGAUGGGUGUUUGUCAGAUAGUGUUAGCUGUGCAAUACAAAAUUACCAUCCCCUGGGACUUCUGGAUUCGCUAGCUAGCUAGCCACUAUACGCAAUUAUUCAGUCUUGGUAGCGAGAACAAGUUUGUUUGUCACCAGAAAACACCGACUGAUUCUCAUUUAGUUAGCAUAUUUGCUAACUAUGGGAUCCUAACAAUUAUUUGGAUACGUGUUGUCAAGAUAGUUAAAAGACCAUUCCAUAAUAUUAAUAGAGGAAACUUGUUUUCGUUAGAAGGAUAGCCAGCUAGUUUUUGCAGGCGGGUAGUAGAGAGCUUGUUUACUAGCACCAAAGCUAACGUUACAUGGCUGGAUCCAGUUUUCAAAGUGAAAGUGAUCAUUGGAAUUUUGUUUAUCCGGGAUUUGAUACAGUAGUGACAAGCGUGACUGGUUUUACCCUUUUGAAGGGGAAUAACCUUAACGUUACUUUUUUCAGUUGCAUGUAUUGGACUCCAAUGAGCUACAUAGGUAGCUAGCUAGCUGCGUUAUAGUUGGCUUGACUGAGUUUGAUUUGCUCAGAUUGACAGUUCAUUCUCCAUUAAAUUAGCUAACGUUAGCUAUGCUAGCUAGCUAAGAGAGUAGGGAGUGUUAUUGUUUGGGAUUUUACCGCUAACGUUACUUCCUUUCAAACUACGGCUAGUGGUAUUGUUAACAUUUAGCUGAAAAUGACUUCUGAUGGUGUCACUAAUUGCCGUGGAAGUAACAGAUAUGAUAAGUAGCUAAAGUUAAUUCGAACUGAUAUUUUUAGUUCACAUAAUAGCUAUAACGUCACAUAGCUAAAACAGAACCUUAAUUGUUAAAACGGAAUAUAGGUUAACUGUUUAAGUUGCCAACAGUUUAUAGAAAACUCCCUGACUUUGAGAACUGGCGCACCCACUCUCACCCUGGCUCAAGAAUUUGUUCAUGGCGUUUCGAAGGUGAAUACGGUGCAAUUUUGCAAGCCUUUCUGUUUGAGGGUGAUCUAGCUUGCUCUACCUGUGGCGACCAAACAUUACUCUGUGGCUUCGGAGUGAGCUAGCCAGCCUCCCAGUCAUGGAGAGCAGCGGUGGCACCGGCAACCCACAGAAAGCUACUCCUUUGGCUCGAGAACUGACAAAGAUAUUCAGUAGUUACAACAAACAAGCCGGACUGCUCAGAAAGAACCUGAAAGAGACGAACAUCUUCUUUCGGGAGAUCAGGCAGAACUACAGCAAUGCCUGUGCAUCAGCCGCAAACACGGGGACGGCAGCACUGGAAGCAGGCAUGCAGCUCAACUGCAUCUCCUUCCCACGGCAAGAGGAGGAGUACCUGCACGGCGUGGUGGGCAGUACCCCGUACAUCCUGCUGCUGGGCCAGGACUGCCCGGCCCGCUACCAGCUGCUCAACUGCUUGUUGGGGGAGCGCCUGCUCCCUCUGGGUCCCGACGCCGGGGCCCCCUGCGGGCCCCAGGGCCUCCUCUGCAAGCGGCGGAAGCUGUGCUUCACGCACGGGCGCCAGACCCGCCUCAGCCUGGCGCUGCCCGGCCAGUAUGAGCUGGUGCAUCAACUGGCGGCCCACUGUGGGCGAUGGGACACGGUGCCCCGCCAGGACCUGGAGAUCCAGGAGGAGUGCGAGGAUCCGGCGCACCGGCUAGCAGAGCUGGAGAUCACGCUGCACCACUCGCUACUGCAGGAGGCAAAGAUCAUGGUCGUCCCAUGCCCCGGUGUCCAGCCCAUCACAGAGGCCCUGGAGGACUGCUCGCGCAACAUCAUUCCCAUCAUCCUCUACGCCCUGAGCCAGGACGUGCUGAGCGCUGAGCAGGUAGCCGACCUGCAUGUGAUCAGAGAGGCGCUGCCCUACCCCAUCUGCUUCAUCCGCACGCCUUCGUGUUCUUCUUCGUCCUCCUCACCCUGCUUGACCCCAGAGGCCUCUCCGGAGUGCAUGCGGGUGGGCGACCGGGAUCGCGACCGGGAUCGCGAGCGGAACCGUGAGCGCAGCUCCCUGCACGCCCAGCUCCUGUCGCUCGGGUUCCUGAGCGGCGGCGCCGCCUCGGAGAACAGCUCGAGCGGUUCCACCACGGGUCCGGUGGCCGGUUCCACCCCGCCGCCCCAGAGCAUGCUGGCCGAGGCGUUUGAGCGACUGCACCGGCAACUGGGGUCCUUCGCCAAGCUGGUGCUGCAGCACCACCAGGUGGAGGCGGCCAACCUGCUCAACGGGGUUCACUGCCGCUGCCUGGACCUCUUCAUCAGCCAGGCUUUUGACAUGCAGAGGGACCUGCAGAUCACGCCACGGCGGCUGGAGUACACGCGAGAGAAGGAGGGCGAGCUGUUCACCUCCCUCAUGACCAUCGCCAACCGCAAGCAAGAAGAGAUGAAGGAAAUGAUCGUGGAAACGCUAAACAGCAUGAAGGAGCAGCUGUUGGAGGACGCCGCCAAUCUGGAGUUCACAGAUAUCAUUGUGACACCAAACGGAGAGCCGGUGGCCUCCAAGGACAUCAAGUCGUGCAUCCACCAGAUCCAGGAGCUGAUUGUGGUGGGUCUGAACCAGGCGGUGGCCAACAAGCUCAUCAGCUCGGUGGACUACCUGAGGGAGAGCUUCGUGGGCACGCUGGAGCGAUGUCUCAACAGCCUGGAGAAGUCCAACAUCGACACCUCUGUACACAAUAUAACAUCCAACCACCUGAAGCAGAUUCUGAAUGCUGCCUACCAUGUGGAGGUGACGUUCGUCUCUGGGUCGUCCGUGACGCGGUUAGUGUGGGAGCAGAUCAAACAGAUAAUCCAGAGGAUAACGUUGGUGAAUCCUCCGGCCAUCAGUCCUGAGUGGAAGCGUAAGGUGGCUCAGGACGCCAUAGAGAGUCUGAGUGCGGCUAAGCUGGCCAAGAGCAUAUGCUCCCAGUUCCGCACCCGCCUCAACAGCUCCCACGAGGCCUUCGCCGCCUCGCUCAGACAGCUGGAGGAGGGCCACGUGGGUCGCCUGGAGCGGACGGAGGACCUCUGGCUGCGCGUGCGCAAAGACCACGCCCCUCGGCUGGCACGCCUGUCGCUGGAAAGCCGUUCUCUUAGAGACGUUCUCUUACACGGCAAGCCCAAGCUAGGUCGAGAGCUGGGUCGAGGCCAGUACGGAGUGGUUUACCUUUGCGACAGCUGGGGGGGGAAGUACCCCUGUGCCCUGAAGUCAGUGGUUCCUCCCGACGACAAACACUGGAACGACCUGGCGUUGGAGUUCCACUACACCAGGUCCUUGCCACGGCAUGAGAGGCUGGUGGAUCUGCACGGGUCGGUCAUUGACCACACGUACGGCGGCGGCUCCAGUAUAGCGGUGCUGCUCAUCAUGGAGAGACUCCACAGAGACCUUUACACAGGCCUCAAGGCUGGUCUAUCACUACGAGAGAGGUUACAGAUCGCCCUGGAUGUUGUGGAGGGAAUCCGCUUCCUGCACAGUCAGGGGCUGGUGCAUCGAGACAUCAAGCUGAAAAAUGUCCUGCUGGACAAACAGAACCGGGCCAAAAUAACGGACCUGGGCUUCUGCAAGCCGGAGGCCAUGAUGUCCGGGAGCAUCGUAGGAACACCGAUCCACAUGGCCCCCGAGCUCUUCACAGGAAAGUAUGACAACUCCGUGGACGUGUACGCCUUUGGGAUCCUGUUCUGGUACCUGUGCUCUGGCUCAGUGAAGCUGCCAGAGGCCUUUGAGAAGUGCUCCAGCAAAGACCAGCUGUGGAACAACGUCAAGAGAGGCUCUCGUCCCGAGCGUCUGGCCAUCUUUGACGAGGAGUGCUGGCAGCUGAUGGAGGCGUGCUGGAACGGAGAUGCCCUGCAGCGCCCCCUACUGGGCAUCGUGCAGCCUGGCCUGCACAGCAUCAUGGUGCGCAUGUGCAACCUCAGCGAACGGAAGAGUGGCAGCCUGGACGACUCCAACUGACUCCACACGAACAGAGAGAGCAUGGGCGACGAAGCCUGCACGGAUACACACACAAAAAUACACUCCAAAAACACACUCCCUCAUGAGCACGUAUGCACAGACACACACACACACACACUCACACUCUUAAAAAAAAAAAGAAAAAGAUAUCUGUUUGGGUCGAUGCCAAAUGGAUAGACUGGAGUGACCAAGCCAAGAGGUGUGUUAUGCAGAACUCAUAGAGUUUGUUUGUUUGUUUGUUUUUUUUCCUUCCCUUGACUAGGGUCUAAUGUACACUAUUUAUGAGGACCUUACUGAGAACAACAUUGAUGUAAGUUGUGCACAGAUGUUUGUCUUGAUCUUGUGUUUGUGGCGUUUGUGUAUUUAUAUAUGUUCUAGCACACACUAUGCUUCUUUCUUAGCAAGCAUGCUAAUGGCUGCUUUGUCAUAGGAUUGCUACUAGACAUGAAAGACAUUUUAAAAGUAGUCCAUAUCCAGUAUUAUGCUAAAAUAUGUGAUUUUAGUUGGUAUUUAAGGUGGUUAUCGGAAUAUUACUGCUAUCCUGAGAUGACGGCCGUUUUUUUUAAUAAAAUGAUUUCCUGAAACAUA